AGCAUUGUCAUCAGGCCCUGGGGAGAGGGCGACGGCUCUUCGUCAACACAACCGGUACUCAAAUGAUGUUGUUGAGGCGAGACAUGCCGAAACUCGUUUCUUCCUCUUCAAGUCUAAUCGAGGAAUUGUUUGUUCACUACCGCUGCCACCGAUUGCUUCGAUGGCUUGAGCACAUCGAGAGACUGCUCAGUCAACACUCUUACAGUCAAAUGGAAAAUCUUGACUCGGCCUCGUUGUCUUACCGCGCUUGCGUGCGUGUCUGUCCGACCAGAGUCGCUGAAACUGGAAGAUUUAUAUCGCAAGAUUUCUCUCCUUCCAUUACCAACCAGACAGACAGACCGACCGACCCUGAGCCUUUCCUGACCCCUGAUGGAUUGCUGGAUGGAUGGACGGAUGGAUGUCAGCUCAGCUCAAGAUUCAGAAGCUUCUGUCAGUCCCCGAGGAAGACCGUAGACAUCAGUCUCCCACGCAGUGGACUCCGAGAUGGUACAAAAACCAGCGCCAGUAGCACCUCAGGACACUCUCACAGCCUCCGUAUUCUAGACCUCGAUCAGUAGAUCGAUCCGAUUACGGCAAAAGCUGCAAUAAAUUCGAGAAGCAGCCGGCUCUGCAGGCAAAAUGGCACGGUCUUCUUACUUGGAAGCACUAUUAUUGUCGGCAGUUUUAUCAGUCCAUGUUAUAAGCUCAGUGACCAGUGCCCCCACCGAGGACCUGAUCCCGAGCCUGCCUGGUCAGCCCAAUGUGCCCUUCAAACAAUAUGGUGGCUACGUCACGGUGGAUGAAGCUAAUGGUCGUGCGCUGUAUUACUACUUCGUUGAAGCAGAAACCGAUCCCAGAUCAAAGCCUUUGACCCUGUGGCUGAACGGAGGUACACCUCGUUCGCUCACAUAACAUCGAUUCUAGAUUCGAAUUCCAGGUCAUGUACGAAAAUCCACGUCUCUUCUCUUCCACUGGAAACUCCUCUGAGUUUGCAGAGUCCACCUUGAGGCCUCGAAGUCUUGAAGAGUUGAGCUUCGCGUCCUUCCUUCGUCUGACGGUUGGCAAGAUUCAAUGUUGCAAAUAUGUUUUAGUUUCUGCAUUGAAUGGAAUGAUCACAAAACCUUUGCUGCUUGAGAAAUUGCUGACCGUAGUACAUGGGGCAGAAUCUUGCUCUGCCUCACUUCAAGACUGCCUUCAGUGGGAGGAGGACCUUCUUGUUUUCCUGCUGCUGGUUUAGGCGGCGGCUACGCCAUUCCGGGAAACAGCAACAACAGCAACAGGAACGUGUACUUUAAGCUCGUGAGUGUGGUGUGAAUUGUAGGCCCAGGAUGUUCGUCGUUGGGAGGCGGAGGAUUUUCUGAAUGCGGGCCAUUUUUUCCCAGCGAGAGCGGCAAGUCUCUAGUCAAGAACGAGCAUUCAUGGAUAAAAGUUUCCAACAUGCUUUUCCUGGAAUCGCCGGCUGGAGUUGGAUUCUCUUACUCGAACACUUCAUCCGACUACACCACCGACGACGUCAGAACUGCACAGGAUUCGCUCAAGUUUCUUCUGGGUUGGUUCAGCAAGUUUCCCGAGUACUUGCAAACAGACUUCUACAUUGCUGGUGAAAGCUACGCAGGGCACUAUGCACCCCAACUGGCAGCUCUCAUACUAACGAACAAUAACGAAGGCGCAGACAAGGUUCAGAUUCAGCUCAAAGGGAUACUGGUCGGAGCUCCAUUGAUCGAUUAUGCCGUUGACAAGUUGUACUCGCCGACGGUCUUCCUCUGGUCUCACGGACUGAUCUCACAAGCCACGUAUGACACUAUCAUGAAACAUUGCAACUUCAGCAGAACAGCACCACAAAGCGCGACUUGCACCACUGCAUUGGGACAAUCCGACUUCGAGUCACAAUCUCUAAGCGGGUACAUUGACCCAUACAACGUGCUGGGAGACGUCUGCUCUGCUUCGGCCUUCGAAGAAGCUCGUCGGUUGAAGAUCAUGGUGAUGCAAAGGAACCAGAUGUCAGUCAACGAGGCAGCUUUGAACCCGUGUAUUGAAAAUGCUGAGCAUAUGUACCUGAAUCUACCCGAAGUUCAAUCAGCUCUUCAUGCAAAGAAAAUAAUUUGGUCACUCUGCACCUAUUCUCUCAUUUACAGGAUGGAGGAUCUGGAGAUCAAAAUGCUUCCCGUCCACAGAGAUCUCCUCAACAGCGGACUCCGAGUUUGGAUUUUCAGUGGAGAUCAAGAUUCUAUUAUUCCAUUCAUUGGGACAAGGCAGCUCAUUAACCAGCUAGGCAAGGAUUUAAGCAAAACAGUGUCCGGUGCAAAUUAUACCGCUUGGUUCCAAGGGAAACAGGUUGGAGGCUGGACGAGCACUUGGGGAAACCUGACAUACGCCACAGUUAGAGGUGCAGGGCAUCUCGUACCCAGAACUCAAGGAGCUCGAGCUCUCCAAUUGUUUACUUCCUACCUCGGAGGGGAACACCUUCAGUCCAAACCUGAGUGAGAAAUUUCCGGUUCUCUAGCCCAUCCACUUGUCAUACUCCAAUUAUGUUGGAACUUUCAACCGAAUACCCUGGAACAGUCCAGUGGUGACGGAAGGUAAUUUGGACAAGGUUCUGGAUAUCCUCCAGCUCUUCCACUGUACUGCAGUAUAUUUCUGAACGUAGUAGAUUAUUUCCGCUCGUACAGCCACUGGCAGUCGUUAGGUAGAGUAACUUUCACCAGUGAAAAGAAGACCAGCUGACAUUAGGCGGCACUGGCACCUGGCCAAAAUUCUGAAUAUUAGUUGGCUACAGGUCACUUCACCCCCUCCUGUUACUACGUUGUAGCUUCCUGUAUUUUAAAGGGUUAAAAUGAGCUCAGUAGGAAGCAGUACUGUGCCUUUUUGCUAUACAGCAAGACCCGGUCCAAGUUACCCAUGAGGAGGUUCGCAUCCUAACGGUUCAGACAACACAGAGUUCCUGAUCUCUCCCGGCGUUUGAGCAGUUGCAUAUGUGACAGUUGGAGUGUACAAUGACAACCGAGAUGCUCACUUCCAUCUGCCGAUCUGGAGGAAAUGCUAAAUUCAGUCUACUCAACCACUUGUUAUGAGGCAUUUGGAUUUUAAAAAAACUUUCAUUAUCCGU